CAAACAGUGCUGCCCAGAGAGUGACCAAGAGACGUUUGGGAAACAGAAGAAGAAAUUUCCAGGGACCAAGCCAUUCAGGGAGGGAAGGAUAGGAAAAGCUCCAUGUGCCUGGCCAGGGUGCAGGACAAAGAGUAACGAGAGACAGAGAAGUGUCUGAAAACAGCCAUCUAAGGACGAGGCGAAUUGUUAGAGGAAGGGACAGGAAAGAUAGCAGAGCUAUUUCAGGAGUGAGCAACAGAAGGGAACACAAGAACCCCCAGACUGUCCGAAGUAAACGAGGAAGGGUCCAGGGGCAGUGAGAGAAGGCCAGGACCAGGGCCAAGGCCAGGGUAGGCACAAUCGCUGAGGGGAUGAACUUCACAGUGGGUUUCAAGCCGCUGCUAGGGGAUGCACACAGCAUGGACAGCCUGGAGAAGCAGCUCAUCUGCCCCAUCUGCCUGGAGAUGUUCUCCAAACCGGUGGUGAUCCUACCCUGCCAGCACAACCUGUGCCGCAAGUGUGCCAAUGACGUCUUCCAGGCCUCGAACCCCCUGUGGCAAUCCCGGGGCUCCACCACCGUGUCUUCGGGAGGUCGUUUCCGCUGCCCAUCUUGCAGGCAUGAGGUCGUCCUGGACCGACACGGCGUCUACGGCCUGCAGCGAAACCUGCUAGUGGAAAACAUUAUCGACAUUUACAAGCAGGAGUCUUCCCGGCCACUGCACUCCAAGGCUGAGCAGCACCUCAUGUGCGAGGAGCAUGAAGACGAGAAGAUCAAUAUCUACUGCCUGAACUGUGAAGUCCCCACCUGCUCACUCUGCAAGGUCUUUGGUGCCCACAAGGACUGUGAGGUGGCCCCACUGCCCACCAUUUACAAACGCCAGAAGAGUGAGCUCAGUGAUGGCAUCGCAAUGCUGGUGGCAGGCAAUGACCGUGUGCAAGCAGUGAUCACACAGAUGGAGGAGGUGUGCCAGACCAUUGAGGACAACAGCCGGAGGCAGAAGCAGUUGCUAAACCAGAGGUUUGAGGCCCUGUGUGCGGUGCUGGAGGAGCGAAAGGGUGAGCUACUGCAGGCGCUGGCCCGGGAGCAGGAGGAGAAGCUGCAGCGCGUCAGGGGCCUCAUCCGCCAGUACGGAGACCACCUGGAGGCCUCCUCUAAGCUGGUGGAGUCCGCCAUCCAGUCCAUGGAGGAGCCGCAGAUGGCGCUCUACCUGCAGCAGGCCAAGGAACUGAUCAAUAAGGUCGGGGCAAUGUCGAAGGUGGAGUUGGCUGGACGGCCAGAGCCGGGCUAUGAAAGCAUGGAGCAAUUCACCGUGAGCGUGGAGCACUUGGCCGAAAUGCUGAGGACCAUCGACUUCCAGCCGGGCGCUUCUAGGGAGGAAGAGGAGGAGGUAGCGCCGGACGGGGAAGAAGGCAGCGCAGGACCAGAGGAAGAGCGGCCAGGUGGGCCGGAAGGCACAGGCCUGCACUGACCCGCCCUUGUUGGGGAGCCCGGCACCGGGGUCGGGCGCUCUAGUCGUGAAAGAUCUUAAGCAGAGACCACCGUGUCACACAGCUCGACGCCACGCCGCGGGGGAGGGGCUCAAUAAAGGGCUAAUGCGUCCCAAUCCGCA